AUGUCACUACCUUUUGAUUUGAAGCAGCAUUAUGUGGAUUGGCUUCAAGAGCUUAUCAAUUCAUAUGGUUCUCAUCAGGAGCAGGUACAGAUAACGUAUGAAAGAGCUAAAAGGAACUUAAUUGAUUCGCAAGAAACCUUUCAUUUUCCAUCUGAUUUAAAGAAAGUGAAAGGUAUUGGAGAAGCAAUUGCGAAAAAGCUAGAAGUCAAAUUAAAGGAAUAUUGCAAGAAGAAUAGCUUUGAAUUUCCAUCAAAAAUUGAAAACGAAAUCGCUUCAAACAAAAGAUCUACGACAACUUUAAGGUCAACAACUAUUGACUCUGAUGUAACAUCAAGGCCUUUAAAAAAGAAAAGAAAGUAUAUACCUAAGAAACGAUCAGGUGGUUAUGCUAUAUUAUUAGCUUUACUCGAAAGUGGUGCCACAGAAAAAGGCCUUACUAAGGAUGAUAUAAUUGAAAUUGCACAGAAAUAUUGUAAUAAUAGCAUGUUGCCAAAUUAUACUACGAAGGAACUGCAUGGAUCAUGGUCUUCAAUUACUUCGUUACGAAAUAACUAUCUCAUCCUAGAAGAAGGGAGACCUAAACGGUUUUCACUUACAGAAGAGGGUCAUGAAUUAGCUAAAACGUUAAAAGAAGCUGAUGGAAUAAUAUUCGAGAAUGAAGGUAAUACCACAUUAAAUCAGAACAAAUUUUGGAACGAUCCCAAUGAAGUUACUGCUGAUCUUACGGGUUUAUUUGCAAAUAAGUCAUUUCCUAGUCAACCUGAUCAAGGUAAUAGUUCAAAAAUAAUUGAUGUAACCUUCAAAGAAAAUGAAAAUUUAGUGCAUGGAAUCAUUAGCCAGACGGGUACGACAAAUAAAGCUAACUAUACGCUAGCCAAUAAAGAAGGUUUAAUUGGCAAUGGGUUGAUAAAUGGUUCAGCCACCGAGGCUAGCAAUAUUGUACAAAAACGAUAUAACAAUAUUAGCUAUCAGUUAUGGAACCGAGGAUCAUAUGACAUCUUUCCCAUUAUCGACCACAGAGAGGUUAAAUCGGUAACUGACCGUGAAUUCUUUAUUAAUGCAUUUCAUAGAAAAGGUGUGCAUAGUGAACUUCGGCAAUUAUCUUUGGGUGAUAUUAUAUGGGUUGCUAGACAUAAAGUAACAAAAACUAUUUGCAUACUUGAUACUAUUAUAGAAAGAAAAAGACUAGAUGAUUUAGCUUCUAGUAUAAGAGAUAAUAGGUUUAUGGAACAAAAGACACGUUUAGAAAAAUCUGGUUGUCAAAACAAAAUCUAUUUAAUUGAGGAGACCAUUGGUAUCAAUAAUAAUAAUAUUCAAGUUAAUAUGGAUGAAGCAUUGAAAACUGCACUUUGGUUAAUAUUAGUAUACUAUAAAUUUUCCAUGAUAAGAACCUCUAACUCUGAAGAAACAGUAGAAAAAUUAUGUUACUUGCAUGAGGUAAUAUCUAAACAUUAUUUAGAAAAAGAUUUGAUUGUAAUAUAUCCUGAUAAUAUUACUUCUCAAGAAUCAUAUUACAAUAUUUUACAUGAUUUCAAAAAAGAAUUUGAAAGAAAUAAAUCAAUCGAAUGUUGUCAUACAAUUGAAUGUUUUCAAGAAAUCAUGGGUAAAAGCGAGUCAAGAACAAUUGGUGAAAUAACGAUAAAUAUUUUAAUGCUAAUUAGAGGUGUGUCAUUGGAGAAAGCAAUAGCCAUACAGUCCAUAUACCCGACAUUGAACCAUAUUUUGAAAGCUUAUCAAUCAUGUAAAUCGCCAAGUGAAGCAAAAUUACUUCUCUAUAACAAACUUGGCAAUGCACCAGGUACAAAGAGGAUAACUAAAAGCUUAUCUGAAAAGAUAUCAGAGGUUUUCUAUGACAAUUAA